GCGCAUUAUUGAAUAAUGGUGUUUUCCUUUGGUUUCACAGCUUGGUGCAAGCCAUCUAAGAAUUCUGAAGGAGCCGAUUACAUCGAAGACGAAUCCGAUUACAACGAUGAUAACGUCGAAGAUGAGGAGCCACCUGACGACGUCGAACCACAAAUCAUAUCCAAGCCUGACAGUAUACGCGUAAGAAACGGGACCACUGUAUAUCUGCACUGUCUAUUGAAAAAUGCAGACAGAUUCACGGUCACGUGGAAGAAGGGCGACGAAUACAUCUACUAUGACUCGAAUGCAAUGACACCGCACAAUCAGAGGAUUGUUCGAUUACCGAAUAACACAUUAGUGAUAUACAAUGCAACGGUCAAUGACACUUCUGACGAUUACGAGUGUAGUGUCUUGUUUAACCCGCCUAUUACGAUCAAACACGGAGUGACGGUCGUUUCGGAGCCAGUUACGGCUUCGCCAGCAUUGCCGCCAACCGAGCAAUACAAACCACCAUCCCUGAUACGUGUCAUUCCGGCGAAAAAGGUGGAAGUCAACGCUGGUGAAAAUGUCACCCUCGGCUGUGAAACAAGGAUACAAUCGGCAUCCGAGAUAAAAUGGUACCACGAGAACGAGAGAGUCCAUAGUAACGUGAUCGUCUCUGGCAACUACAUAACUAUCACGAACAUUAACAAACACGACGGUGGCCGUUAUCAGUGUUUGGCCGAGAACGGAAUGGAAAAUCCACCUGUGGAAGCCAUCACCGUCAUUGUCAAUUAUGCUCCCGAAAUAGACGGGAAAGGGAGAUGGGUGCACACCGGACUCGGAGUUGAAUCACGGUUAAUAUGCAACGUGCACGCUCAUCCGCGUGCUAAAGUGACGUGGUUCAAGGAUCGGGAAGAAGUAUUGCCGAAAAAAGGCAGCAUAGAGAUCAAAGUGAACAGAACACGACACAUACUCGAGAUCCUGCAUACGAAGAAGGAACACUUGGGAAAUUACGUGUGCGUCGCGGAGAAUAAACUGGGACGAACGGAGAAAAUUAUUUCUCUUACCGGUAUUCCUACUCAGGCGAUCAUUUCCGACGGUGAGAUGACACAGACUGACUCGGGAUUGAUCCUGAAAUGGCAAUUGGAAAGCUAUUCCCCGAUUACCGAGUACAAGCUACAAUAUCGUCACAAAGGAGACGAAGAACGUUGGACAGUUGUGUAUCCUACGGUAACGAAUGGCAGGGGAUAUCAAUUCACUGUCGAAUAUACGAUCCCAGUAUCGGAUAAACCUGAAUCGUACGAAGCAAUCCUUAUGGCUAGAAAUGAUUUUGGAUGGUCGCCACCAUCGGAUCCAUACGAAUUUAUAGGAGGUACGAACAUGACUUUUCCAAUUGUUCAAUGUAUAAUGAAAUUAUUAUUCUACUAAAAAAAAGUUUCCUUUUUCCGACUGCUUUGCAGAAUACACGGAUAAGCAAGUUGAUAAUGGUAAAUAUCGCAUACAAAUUCAUACACGCUGAGUAGCAAUAUCCGUUUGUAAAUGAAGAUGAUUCUUAUGAAUAUUUAAUGUGUUCUCAGUUAAAGGAUCGGCAUCUCAACCCGUGUUAGCCAUUGCAACAUUAUUCCUAGUCGUUUCGUCCUGUGCCUUUACAAGUCUGUAAUUUACUAAACUCCUUAAACUAUAUAGGUACGUAUGUAAACAACGUAUCUACGUAGCGAGAUGUAACUAAAUUGAAAGUAACAAAAUCGAAAAGAAUACAUAAAAACAUUUGUUUAUAUUUUUUUCGAAAAAAAAAAAAAAAAAAGAAAAGAUACACGAGAGAAUAAAUAACUUUUGUCUCGCCGUGUGCUGCAAAUGAUCUCAGUUUGAUUCUUGUCAUACUGUAAAGCUUGUAUUUUCGAUUUAAAGAUAUAAAUUUGAAUUUCGUGUGUGCAGGUAAUUUGCUGCAGCCAAAGCGUGUACACCAGCAAAUGCAAUGGUGGGUUUAGUGAAGCAAGAAUGUCUAGGAGAAACUGUACAUUGCUGGUGUAAUAUAUUUUUUAAAAUAAUGUAUCAACUUAUGCUUAUGUUUUAAGCACGCGCGAUGCUAAACGAUCGAUGUGUUCUCUAUAUAGGGAAAUAAUAUUCACGAUAGCACGUUGAAUAAAAUUUUUAUACCCCUGCUUGUUGUUCGUUCGCGAGAUUUCGUAAGAUGCUUCGGAGGAAAAGAUUGUACCGUCGUUUAUGCGCAAGUGCAAUAAGCACGGACUUGUCGAAAUUCAAUUGUGGGCAUUCUUUGUGUAUAAAAGAAUAGUUUCAGAUUAUUCGGCACACAUUAGGUAAUUCUCCUAGAUAUUCUAGUGUGUAUUAUUAAGAGAAGAAGAGCAUUUUAAUUGUACUCUGAAUCAAGAGUGAGGGAUAUUGUACUUUAAAAUAUAUUUAUAUAUCUAUAUAUAUAUAUAUAUAUAUAUUAUAUAUAUACGUACACAUAAUAUAGUAUUCAUUGUACAUGUAUAAGUUCAGAGAUACAUGAUUAUUAUUAUAAUUUAUUUUUGUAUGCUUAAGAUUAUUAG